AUGGCCAUCUCAUGCCUACCAUACCCCAAGAAAUCCAUUCAGUGGUUCGUAUCUCAGUCCGGAGAAUCUACCGUACCUCAAUCUAACUUCGAUGUUCAGCAACAAAGUCCUUCAUCGAUUAACUCUUUCGGGUCUCCUUCCAUCAGUCUCAGUCCCGCUGACGAUGUCCUUCAUCACGAACUGGACAUCCCUCUCUUUCCAAAUGAUUCCACUAGUUCCCAAGCUGGACUUCAAACUCCAUUUUACAACGGAUUUUCUGCAACCAACUCAGGAAAUGACCAUACCGUUCACGGCCCACUUUACUCUUACUCCGCGCCUGCUCUUCAGUCCUCGAGUGAGCUCUAUCAGGACGAGCUCAAACUCGCCGUGGAACACCUCGUUAAUACGGUUCGAUUGAGCGUUGUGAAGUGCCAAGUUCCUCAGUUACACGACGCAAAAGACCUAUUGCGAGUCACUUUGCACAAGCUAGAUCGACUCAUUCAAGAGCAGAUCGAUCUUUCUCAGAGCCUAGCCGACACUGGUUCCAGAGCCAGCAAGUUUAUCUGCUUGCUCUGCGUUAGUGGACAGCGCAAGCUUUACAACAAUCGCCCUUCUUUCAGGCGUCAUGUUGCAGAUGAGCAUUAUCCUCGGUUUAUCUAUCGUUGUCUCGAUGACACGUGCGCGUGGAAGACUAGAAGGAAAGACAAGGUGCAUUUGCACUUGAGAAACAAUCACGGCUUUCAAUGGCGAGCUACACGCGAGCAAAUCAACCUAGUCGAGACUAGGGUGCCCCCGCCACGUGCAUGCGGUCAGUGUAGACAGCCUGUGGAUUCUUGGGAAGGGUACUUCAAGUGCGUAUCAGAGCAUUGUCGCGUGGCAGGAACUGGCUCGGCAAGCACCAGUGCGAGCCAAAGUCGGCGCAAUAGUGAUGAUCGUGGGCAGGGCAGUGGUGGUCCGGGCAACAAUGAAUCUCAAUACCCUGGGAUUAGCUUCGGACCAAGCAAUGACCAAGCUCCAUCAGCCUCUGGGAACGGAGAAAAUACCUUCUUCGGCACGGGGUAUCAUAACAGACAGUACGUCAAUCCAAUGACCUAUCGCGGAAAAAGCUCAGCGCCAGCGACUCCCCACAAUACGAACUCAGGCAUCGUCUCUGAUGCUGAUGUAUCUCGACCUCUAGGCUUUGAGGACUCACUUUUGAAAGAAACCAGAUGUCAUGGACCAACAAGCCUUAUGACUCACCAUCGGGCAAUGGUGAAGGGGGUCAAUUCAGCCACGUGUUGUCGAGACACUGCGAGACAAGUCUCUGGUCCUCAAGAGUCUCAACCCAGCAAAUGUAGGACUGAGGAUUCCAACAAAAGGGAAUAUCCAGAAGGACCGCCACAGAGCAAGCUUCUUUCCAGACAGGUAGAGAAGCUCCGCCGAGAACAAUCUGAGGGUCAGCCAGAGAAGCCGGAAAAUAAGUGCACUGCUUGUGGGCACGUCUUUGACUUAUGUCCUCGCUGCCGCCAAUCCAAACCACUUUCCGGAACCUGCCAUCAAUGUGCAGAUCAGAUCUGCCAUAUAACAGGCUUUAAAGAGGUAGAGAGUUGUCGAAGUAGCAACUGGGCUUCUGACGUAGAUGGCCAGCAUACUCUGAUAAAUCCUGUCUCUGGUGCAACUUCGUCGCUACCAUCAGCAAAAUCAUUGUUGAGGUCUGGGGCUCCUGGCCGCACUAUGAAGUCCCUUGAAAGAUCUGAAAAGUUCUUAUCUGAAGGAGUCUCAUCAGUGAGCCAUGAGCUCGUUGACUCUUCACAGUCCGGCGAAGCCAAGCCGGAUGGUCAAAAUCACGAACAUUGCACUCCGCAGCAGCGGUCUUUCUUGAAGGCAAUACCUUCGAUUGAUACUAACGUGGCAAUCUCGGCCAAGAUACCUGCGGCAAAGGAGCUCGCAGCUAAUCUGCAUACUCAAGAAAUGUGUCUAUCAGCAAAAAUGCAUGAACUACCGAUAUCGGCCCCAGCACCUACGCCACCCAAAAAAGUACACGAGCAAGGCACUUUCAUCAAACCGAUGGCUCUCGAUAUCACACGCCGCUCUCGGAUCAGGCUAUGCAGCCCGUCUAUACGAGAGUCGAGCUCUCCUUGUUGGGCCAAAGAGCGAGCUACUCGAAAGAAAGGCACAGCCAUGUUGCGAUCACGCCUCCACAUAGUUGAUGAACUGCUUGCCCUUCGCGCAACGACCAUCAAGCGACGAACUAAGCGAAAGUGCCUGACUGAUAGGGCUCCUACAGCUGGGGACCCUGAUCUUUUGACAGCCUGUGCCUGUCCUGAUUUGGCAAAUUCGGAGGAGGUGGUCUCCACGCUACUCGAUGCGGUCAUGAUGUUAGACACUUUCGUAAUAGUGAUCAUCAUAUCGGUGUGGAUAGCGACUGUUGUACCGGACACUGAAGGACAGCGGGAACUUAUGCUCGUCAUGUGGUCGUACAUUAUAAGAUUCUCAAGGGCACACCAGUCGGUCUACGGUUACAGAGCUGAUAGCAUGGCUGCCGAUGGGCGUCCGUGGUGCAUCGGAAUUGGUCACUAUUGGUAUUGUCAUGCGCUGCUGUGGUUUCACCACAUUUUCCCACGUGUCACACUAUACGUGUGUAUCUUCGUGGUCCAACAUUUGAGGAUCAUAUAG